AUGACGGUGGUGGAUGUCCUAGAUAACCCGGAACUUCGGUUGAUUGAGGAGCGCGAGCGGAUCAUCCGACCCCCCGUUACCAUCCAGGUAGGCUUUCGAUACUGGCGCGGUACCCUAAGAAUAAACAGUCGUUGUACAAUCAUCAUCUUCGCAUCGCGUGUAGAAAAGCCUUUGGUCGAUGAAGAUUGCGAGCAUGUACACGAACAGCACGUGGAGGCGUUGGCAGCUCGCCACGUGAACCCCACUUGGUAUCCCAGCCGCAAGCGCACUGGAGAGCGGGGUAGCUCACGUGACAUAGUCCCACUUCGCGUCAGACCUGUGGACCGUCUCCAAAUAUCUAGCACCAACUCAAACAGAAUACGCUCCGUUCUGCGCAUCUCGGUGAUAUCCAUAUCUACACCAAUCGCAACCAAUCCAGUGCCGCGGAACCAAAUGUCUGCAUCUUCGCACCCUCUCGCCCCGCUGUCGGCAUCAGAGAUAAAAAAUGCGGCGGCGAUCAUCAAGGCUUCAUGGCCAGCUCACACAGAACUGUACUAUAAAGCCAUCACGCUACAAGAACCACCGAAGACCGAGGUGCUGAAGUAUCUGGAGGCAGAACAUAAUGGCAAACCAUUGCCUGCUAUCUCACGCAAGGCUUUCAUCAACUACUACAUUCGGAACACUAACAAAUUCCACGAGGCCAUCGUAGAUCUGACCUCUGGGCGCGUGGACCGCAAUGUUCUUCUGGGACCUUUCAUACAUGCAAACGGAGAUGGUGAAGAAAUCAUAGCUAUCGAAAAAGUUGCUCUCGAAGACGAAAAGGUGAAAGCAGAAAUUGCCAAGCUUGAACUUCCCAAAGGUACAGUAGUCAUCAGCGACCCAUGGAUCUAUGGAUCAGAUGGCAUUGGAGACGAAGAAAGGCUAUACCAGUGCUUCCUGUACCUCAGGGACCCAAUGAACCCCUCAGAAGCCGACUCAAACCACUACGCCAUGCCACUGCCAAUUUCUCCAGUUGUAAGCACCGCGACCAUGAAGGUCAUCCGUGUCGAUAUACUACCGACUGGCGCCGACAACACUAUCAAACCGGUUGGAAAGUACAAGAUCCAGCCUCCCAACGAAUACAUACCCGAGGCACAAAAGCUACGAACCGAUCUUAAGCCAUUGAACGUAGUUCAGCCGGAAGGUGCCAGCUUCCAAGUUCAACAACAGGGUACAUCGAACGUUAUCUCAUGGCAAAAGUGGACUUUCCGGGUCGGUUUCAACCAACGUGAGGGUAUGGUGUUGUACGAUGUCAGAUACGACAACCGUAAUCUAUUCUACCGACUGAGCUUGAGCGAUAUGAACAUUCCGUAUGCGGACCCGCGUCAUCCAUACUUCAAGAAAAGCGCCUUCGACUUGGGCGAUGCUGGUGCCGGUAUCAUGGCGAACAAUCUCAAAUUGGGAUGCGACUGCCUGGGCUCCAUCUACUAUCUUAGCUCUGUGCUAUCCGACGAUAAGGGUGGAGUACUGGAUAUGCCCAACGUUGUAUGCAUCCACGAGCAGGAUGCUGGCAUCGGGUUCAAGCACACCAACUACCGCACGGGCCGCGCAGUAGUCGCGCGCAGCCGGGAACUGGUCCUUCAAAGCAUCAUCACCGUGAGCAACUACGAAUACAUUCUGGCUUUCAUCUUCAACCAGGCAGGAGAGCUGGAAUAUGAAAUCAGGGCCACCGGCAUAUUGUCGACGCAGCCCAUUGAUGAAGGUGUUGAGGUACCCUUCGGCACGGUCGUUCAUCCCGGCACACUUGCGCCGCAUCAUCAGCACAUCUUCUCGCUAAGAAUCGACCCCAUGAUCGACGGCUACGAUAACCGCCUUGUAUACGACGAGGCAUUUGCCAUGCCACGAUCAGAGUGGAACCCACAUGGUACCGGCUACUACGUCAAAGAGACUGUUGUUGAGAAAUCAGGUGGUUAUGAUAUUGACUACGACAACAACCGCUCAUUCAAGAUUUGCAACCCUAACAGUCGAAACCCCGUCAACGGCAAGGCAGUCGCCUACAAGAUCCAAGCUCCACCCUUCCAGAAGAUCCUGUCAGACAAGGACAGCUUCAACUACAAACGAGCUGAAUUCUCUGACCACACAUCUACGUCGGUCGAGGACUUUCCCGGUUAUGCCUGUGAGGUGCUUAGUAUUCAUCUGAAGCCAGUCAACUUCUUCGAUAAGAACCCCGCUCUCGAUGUCCCACCCAGCGAACAAGCAUUUAACAAGAGCAACCUGCUGAGCGAGCAGCACCAACAGCCCAGCGUUACUGCAACUGUUGGUGAGAAUGGCGGUACAGAGGAACUUAUUAUCGAGACACUCGGGCGCGUCGGACAGGUCAACAACUUCCGCUUGGUCUAUGAUAAGGAAACAGGUCGACCAAAGGGUUUUGGCUUUGCAGAGUUCGCCGACGCCGACGCGGCAGCAUCAGCCGUGCGCAACCUCAACGACUACGAUCUCAUGGGAAGGAAGCUGAGGGUGGACUGGUCCAACGAGAGCGGCUCUGGCGACAACGCGCCUUCGAAUCGCGACCAGGGCGCGCCGCCAGCCAUGAACGGACAACAGGCAGCACCAGCAGCGGCGCAACCUUCAAGCGCACUCGGCCCUCUCCCACCGGGCGUUGAGCUGCCACCGAACCUCACCUGCCCCGAUGCCAUCUCGCGCACCCUCUCUACACUGCCUCCCGAUCAGCUACUCGACAUCCUCUCGCAGAUGAAGGGCCUCGUCAUGACGGACCCGGCCAAGGCGACGGAGCUACUGCGGCAGGCGCCUCAGCUAGCCUAUGCCAUCUUCCAGUCGCUUCUUCUGCUGCAGUUGGUUGAUCCGGCAAUUUUGACGUCGCUCGUCGAGACUUCGGCUGCGCCAGCUCCAGUCGCGCCCGCCCCACCAGUUCAGCAAGUCCAGCAGCCUCCACCACAAGUUACGCGACCACCGAUGCCCUACGCUGGGUACCCACCACAAGUCGCGCCUACUCCCCCACAACCUCAAGCCCCCCAGCCAUACACGCAGCCUCCACAACAACAACAAGCACCUGCCAUGGAACAACAAGCUAUAUAUGCUCAAGUCAUGGCCUUGACGCAGCAGCAAAUCGACGCAUUGACCCCAGAGUACCGCAAUCAGAUCAUUGCCAUUCGGCAAGCGAUUAUGGCAGGUGGCCGGCCCUAGUUGAGCCCCCAAAUAACUAUGUUCUUCUCAUUCUUGGAAAGUUAGGAAGCAUAGUUGUGAGAGCACAUAAUUUCGGUAUUGAGUAUGCAGAAAUUACUCUGUAAGUUGUUCUAGGCGGGAAAGAACAUUGUACAUUUCGACCUUGUCAUUGGGAGCAUUCUGCAGGUUAUGCAACACAAGGAUCAAGAGCGUCAAGGCUCGAAUUGGGAUUAACUAUUCAGUUGUUUCAGUAAAUUCGGGGUUGCGUUCCCAGGGCCCCUUAUAUUUGGCGACUGUUCGGAGGAAGACUUGGGGAAAAAUCAGGUGGACAAACGGAUUGAAGGCAUCCUUCCGACGAGGUCCGAAGAAAGAGUGGGGAGUAGUCUCCACCGACGGGCUAGGAAUAGUGCUAAUGGAUAGGUGAGCCAUAGACAGAUAGGGUUUUACUACCGCACAAGUGUUGAAUUAUGAAAAUGUGCAUCAUC